GGAUAACCUUGUGCAUUUAUACCAACUAUACCUUACUCAUUGUGAUUCGUGGUACCAACAUUGAGAAAUAGUUUUCUUCUGAAUUGUUUGACAAUAUGUCGUCGCCGGCACCGAAAUCACCUGAACAGUCGGAAAAAAAUAAGAAAUACGAUAGACAAUUAAGACUUUGGGGCGAUCAUGGACAAGCAGCACUAGAAUCAGCUCACGUGUGCCUUAUCAACGCCAAUGGUUUGGGUACAGAAAUUCUGAAGUCUCUUAUACUUCCAGGAAUAGGAGCAUUCACCAUCGUAGACGGAGAGAAGGUUACCGAAGAAGAUAUUGGGUGUAACUUCUUUCUUGACCAUGAUAGCGUUGGAAAAUCAAGAGCUCAGGCGACCAUUCAACUUCUUCUAGAAUUAAAUCCAGAUGUUAGGGGUGAUUAUGUUGAUGAAAGUGUGGAACAAGUCUUGGAAAAUAACCCUGAUUUCUUCAACAAUUUCUCUGUUGUUAUAAGCACUCAGAUAUCAGAGAGGGUCAUUAUAAGAUUGUCUAAAAAACUCUGGGAACUUGAAAUUCCCUUCAUUGCAUGUCAGAGUUAUGGCUUUAUUGGUUAUGCCAGAAUUCAAGUACAGGAACAUACCGUCAUAGAGACACAUCCUGAUAAUGAAGUUCCGGAUUUACGCCUUGAUAAACCUUUCCCUUCUCUGAAGGAAUUAAUAGACAGCAUUGACAUUAGUAAAAUGGAGUUGAAAGAUCAUGCUCAUGUCCCCUAUGUCGUAAUUCUAUACAAGUGCUUACAGCAGUGGCAACAAGAAAAUGAAGGUCAAAUCCCUAAAACAUAUCGUGAGAAGGAAAGCUUAAGGAAGCUGAUUCGAGCUGAAAUACUCAAUAAUGAUGAUGGUAUUCCACAUGAUGAGGAGAAUUUUGAAGAGGCAAUUAAAGCAGUUAACACAUUGGCUCCCACAAACAUACCAUCACAUGUGCGAGAAAUUCUUGAUGAUGAAUCGUGUAUUAAUCUCACAUCCAAAAGUAAACCUUUUUGGAUUAUGGCAAAAGCUUUGAGAGAAUUUGUUGAAAAUGAAGGAGCUGGCGCAUUACCUUUGAGAGGCACUCUUCCAGACAUGACAGCUGACACAGAACGCUACAUCCAUUUGCAACAGGUAUACCAUAGUCAAGCAGCCAAAGAUGCAGAAGUAAUGUUUCGAAGAGUACAGCAGCUGCUAAGAGAGAUAAACCAAUCGCCUGAUAGCAUAACUGAGAAAGAUGUAAAAUUAUUUUGUAAGCAUACUAGUACAAUGCAUCUAGUCAGAGGAUCCUGCAUUGCAGAUGACUAUGACAAUAAGAUUUUUGCUCAGAAAUUAGCUCCUCACCUUGAAGACCCUGAAAGUGCCCUUGUGUACGCAGUGCUUUUGCGGGGUGUUGAUCGCUUCCGCAUAGCGCAUGGCACUUACCCUGGAGAAUAUGAUGACCAGGUGGAACCAGACAUUGUGAAACUGAAAUCUUGUGUGUCAAAACUCUUAAAUGAGUGGAGCUGUGGGCCCUUGGCUAAGGAUGACUAUGUUCAUGAAAUUUGCAGGUAUGGUGGUGGAGAGCUGCAUUCUAUUUCAGCGUUUGUUGGUGGUUGCAUUGCCCAGGAGACAAUCAAAUUCAUCACUUCUCAGUACAAGCCAAUCCACAACACUUUCAUUUAUGACGGAAUCACCAGUAACACAGCAUCUUUUACUCUGUAAACAACCUGACCUUAGCACUUCACCUUGGCCUUGCAAAUGCCUCUUUUGUUAAUGUGUUUCAAGAAAUUGUUGCUAGCACAAAGCAUAAAGACAAAUAGCAUUGUGAAUUUAUUUAUGAAUAUUGUGAAUUGAAAACUAUAAUAUAUAAAAUAUUCCAUUGUAAAUAAAUUUGGUAUGAAAAUGUAAAUUUC